AUGACUACCUAUACACAGCGUCAGCUCUUUGCUCGCUCCGAGCGAGUGAAAGGCAUUGAUUUCCAUCCAACGGAGCCGUGGAUUCUGACCACCCUCUAUAGUGGACAUGUCUACAUCUGGUCAUACGAGACCCAGCAAAUCGUCAAGACUUUCGAACUUACCGAUGUCCCGGUUCGCGCUGGCCGCUUCAUUGCGCGCAAGAAUUGGAUUGUCUGCGGGUCGGAUGAUUUCCAAAUCCGUGUUUACAACUAUAAUACGAGCGAGAAGAUUACCUCGUUUGAGGCGCACCCCGACUACAUUCGCGCGAUUGCCGUUCACCCAACACAGCCUUUCGUCCUCACCGCCAGCGAUGAUAUGACGAUCAAGCUUUGGGAUUGGGAGAAGGGGUGGAAGUGCGUUAGGGUAUUCGAGGGCAACUCACAUUACGUGAUGUCCCUCGCUAUUAACCCGAAGGAUACAAAUACCUUCGCGUCGGCCUGCUUGGACCGGACUGUCAAGAUCUGGAGCUUGGGCUCUUCUACGCCGAUGUUCCAGUUGGAGGCACAUGAGACAAAGGGUGUUAACUAUGUCGAUUACUACCCUCAUAGUGAUAAGCCAUACCUCUUAACUGCCUCAGAUGAUCGCACGGUCAAAGUGUGGGACUACACAACCAAGAGCCUGAUCGCCACCCUGGAAGGCCAUACCAACAACGUUUCCUUUGCUGUCUACCACCCUGAGCUGCCCAUCAUUAUUUCAGGCUCUGAGGAUGGAACUAUUAGGAUAUGGAACGCCAAUACGUACCGCUUCGAACAAUCUUUGAACUAUGGAUUGGAGCGUGCGUGGUGUGUGGCGUACCAGAAGGGCAAGCAGGGUAUUGCCGUCGGUUUCGAUGAUGGCUCUGUGGUUAUUAAGCUUGGUCGUGAAGAGCCGGCUGUCUCGAUGGAUGGGUCUGGCAAGAUCAUCUAUGCCCGCCACAAUGAGGUUGUCUCCGCGGUCAUCAAAGGCAAUGAGGCCACCAAGGACAACGAGCCCAUCACUCUCACUACCAAGGAAUUGGGGACUGCUGAAGUGUACCCACAGACUCUUAUUCACUCGCCUAAUGGCCGCUUUGCCGCUAUCUGUGGUGACGGCGAGUACAUUAUCUACACUGCCCUUGCCUGGCGCAACAAAGCUUUCGGCCAGGCCCUUGAUUUUGUCUGGGCGUCCAAGGAUAAUUCCAACGAUUUUGCUAUCCGGGAGUCUGCGACGAGCAUCAAGGUGUUCAAGAACUUCCAAGAGAAGAAGGGCGGCCUGGAUGUGCCAUUCGCCGCAGACGGCCUUACUGGUGGUGUUCUCCUGGGUGUAAAGGGUCAAGGGGGGAUUUCGUUCUACGACUGGCAUACCGGUGGCCUUGUCCGCCGUAUCGAGGUUGAGCCCAAGCAAGUGUAUUGGAGCGAAAGUGGUGAGCUCGUCGCUCUUGCUUGCGAAGAUACCUGCUACAUCUUGAGGUUCUCUAGGGACGCCUACAAUGAGGCUGUUCAGGCAGGUGCUGUUGAGGACGAUGGCGUUGAGGCUGCUUUUGAUGUGGUCACUGAUAUCAGUGAAAGCGUGCGGUCUGCGGAGUGGCUUGGUGACGUCUUCAUCUACACGAACUCCACUAACCGGCUGAACUACCUGGUCGGCGACCAGACCUAUGCUGUGGCUCACUUUGACAAGCCCAUGUAUAUCCUGGGCUACCUGCAGCGUGACAGUCGGGUCUACCUUACCGACAAAGACCUUUCGGUUACUUCUUUCGCUCUCUCCUUGCCAGUGCUCGAGUAUCAGACGCUCGUUCUUCGUGGGGAUAUGGAGACAGCCGCCGAGCUUCUCCCCAGUAUCCCCCAUGAUCAGCUUAACAAGAUCGCCCGCUUCCUUGAGGGACAAGGCCAUAAGGAGCUUGCACUCGAAGUCGCCACAGACCCGGAGCAGAAGUUUGACCUUGCCCUGUCCCUCAACCAGUUGGACAUCGCUCUCGAGCUUGCAAGGUCGGCCGACUCCGACCACAAAUGGAAGACCCUUGGCGAUGCUGCUCUCGCUGCCUGGGAUAUCCCUAUGGCAACGGAGUGCUUCGUUAACGCCAAGGACCUCGGGUCUCUCCUGCUCGUGUACACCUCCACAUCCGAUCGCGAAGGUCUUGCCAAGCUGGCUGAACAGGCCACUGAAGCUGGAGCCCAUAACGUUGCCUUCAACUGCAAAUGGUCAUUGGGCGACGUCCCUGGCUGUGUCGACAUCCUUGUGAAGACCGGCCGCCUUGCUGAAGCUGUUCUAUUCUCUCAGACAUACAAGCCGAGCUUGACUCCCGGUCUUGUUGCUCAGUGGAAGGACAGCCUCGAGAAGAACAAGAAGGGUCGUGUUGCCAAGGCUCUGGGAGUGCCUGGUGAGGAUGAGGAGCUCUUUCCCGAGUGGGAUGAGUGGUUGAGGCUUGAAAAGGAGGGUCCUGCUGUUGAAAAUGGUAAUGGUUCUGUGGAGGGUGAAGAGGUAGCUGAAGGGAGUGAGGAUGAGUAA